AUAAAAGCUGUGCCUCUUCCUUCUCACUCUCCAUCUUCCAACAUCCUUCUUAUCAUCUGAUGAGUGUGUGGACCUCUCCGUGAUUAGUCAAUACCUCUGACAGCACCUGCGAGCCAAAGCUCCUGAGAUUCCAGUUGCGUAGCAAGAAGAACAAGUGCUCUCUACCCACCAUGCCCCCUCAGGGCGUUGCGGUCUAUGACCACUCCGACGAUCAGAGAAAAGCACUCGGAAACCUCCUCAAAACCGGUGACUAUUCCGACCUCGUUAUCAUCUGUGGCGAGAAGCGCCACAAAGUCCACAAAGCAAUCGUGUGCCCACGAUCCCUCUUCUUCAAAACAGCCUGCAACAUUGGCUUCACGGAAACUCAGACAGGUGAGAUCAACUUGCCUGAUGAUGACCCCUUUGCUGUGCGCAUGAUGAUCCAGUACCUCUAUCAUCAAACGUACACAAUCCCACAGGUACCAAGCCUAGCUCCGGAAGAUCAAUGGUUUUCUAUGGUUACUCCCAUGCCUUCAACAGCGCCAUGUCGAAGUACUCGUCAUUCUUUCAGUGGCGACUCUUCUGGCAUCAAUCUUUUUCGCGCAUGGCCACCACAGACUGCCCCUGCCCCUCCUCCACAACGACCAGCGUCUGGCGAUUCUAUCAUUCCUUAUGUAAAUCUCCGUGUUCACUACAAAGUCUAUGCGCUAGGCGAAAAAUACGGCAUCGACGGCCUCAAGGCUCUCGCUGUUAGUAGAUUUGAAUCCGAGGGUGAAGAUGACUUCAAAGUUCGUGGUGGCAACGGCAUUGGGGACUUCAUACAGGUGAUGAAGGAAGCAUACAUCUCAACUGCGGAAGGAGAUCGUCCCCUGCGCGAUGCUGUGGUCAGAAUGCUGAAACCGAAGACAAGCCUUUUUGAGAGGGAGGAUGUGAAAGAGUUCCUCAAGGAAGAGGACUUGGCUUACGAUUUGGUUAUGAGCUACGUGCGGGAUAAUUCGGUGAGGGGAAGGACGAGUCUUGAAGAUGCAGCCUACGGGAGGGGUGUAUAUUAGCUGAACCAGACCAGCACUUAGUCUAGUCAAGAGCCCCAGAUUCUCAGGCCCAUGGUCUCGGGUGUAAUUUUGAACCUUGCC